AAGGUGAAGUAAACAAAACCUAAGUAUUAGUUGCUGAAUAAUCAUAUACUCAUUUAAACUUUCAUAUGGAGUAGACUUCGUUAGGAAAACGUGACAGAACUGAAUAUAAAUCGAAAAAAGUGACAAUAAACUAGAGAUGCUGGGAGGGUUACAUCUAUUGUGACCUUUGUGGGUACAUGUGGGGUUGCUAUAUUCUGUUUCUUUUUCCUUUUCCUUUUCGAAUCAUUAAAUAUCGUUGUCUCUUGUCAUAACAGUCAUAAUUUAUUAUAUGCUCUCAUUGUUUGGUGUGGGUAUAUAUAUAUAUGUCCUAGAUGCAUUUCAGAAUGCAGAGGUCAGGCAACUGCUUAUAUAUAUUACAAGUAUAAUUCUGUCUUCUGUGUUUAGUUAUUUUAUUGCAGUAUGGCCAUUAUUGAAUCAUCCCAACCUCUUUCUAUUGAAAGCUUUUCGUACAGUUGGCUGAUAAACCUAAAACCAUCCCUUGAAAGCCUCAGUGAAUCCUUCAGAGCUGCUAUGGAUUCAUCCGAUGAGUCUUUUUUCAUCGAGAUGGACCCAAACAUGCCGGCUUCAAAGAGGUUUAAGAAACUAGACAAGGAUUUUGAUUUUAAUCUUCCAUUCUUGGAGCAAACUACGGAUGCCAUUGUACAUGCCGAUGAGCUCUUCUGUGAUGGCCUCCUCAUGCCUCUUGUUAACUCAUCAAGGAACCAAGCAUAUAGUGAUUCAAGUCCAUGUGCUUCUCCUUUGUCAGAAUUUCAGAACAGAAACACUGCUUCAGGUGAUCGUAAGAUCCGUUGUUCUUCCUUGAGAAGGUGUAGGAGCUUAUUGUCCAGGAAGAUGUUUGAAAAAUAUUUGUACUUUUUGUUCCCAUUAUUGGAAAAACUGAGAUGUUGCAGAUCAAAGUCAAAAAAUAGAGCAGCUGAUGAUGGAAUCUGGGUGAAGAAUAAGAGCAGUUCAUUUUCACCACAAGCAUCACCUCGAACUAGUGUAGGUUCCUUCCCUGGUGACAUGAGGCGGUCUUGUGAUUCCGAGAGCUCAAUUAAUGAGGCGGUUCUUCACUGUAAAAAAUCAAUUGGUAUGUAAUUUUAGAGCUCUUCAGUAUUCUUGUAGUUAUGUAAUGACAGGUUUUGUACAUAGAGAAGGAGCCAUAAUACCGUGAUGAUAGAAACAAGUACCAUAUUAUGGAGUACUAAAUUUUACGAUUUUGCAGAUAAAGGGAAUGAGAGGUUCAGAGAUGUUUGUGUUCUCGCUCUCAUCCUUUCCAUGUACUCUCCCUUUCUUUGCUACCAUUAUGGUGCAACUUAAUGUAGUGGUCCUGUUAUGGGACAAGAAGAAAAAAGAGAGUAUUCAUUUAUAAGAAUUUUCUUUUUAUCUUCUUUUUUUCCCUUGUUACAUAAACAAUAGAAGAGAAAUUGCAGUUUUGAUAAUA